AUGUUGGCAUCAAUCAUCAUCAACGGCACACUAGGAUUCGGGUUCCUGCUCGUUGUUCUGUUCUGUAUGGGCGACAUCACCGAAGCGAUGGAAACGACAACCGGAUACCCCAUCAUCGAGAUCUUCUAUCAGAUCAGCCGCAACAAGGCAGCAGCAUCAGCCAUGACCUGCGCCCUCAUAGUCAUAGCGGCAUUGGCAACAGUACCUCUUCUUCUGACAGCAUCUCGAAUGCUGUGGUCUUUUGCCCAGGACGCUGGACUACCUUGCUCGAAAACGCUAUCCCGUGUGGACAGCAAACAUCAUGUACCUUUACCAGCGAUAGCGGUCACCAGCGUCUUUCUCAUUCUGAUCGGACUUCUAAACAUCGGAUCCACUACCGCUUUCAACGCUAUCGUAUCACUCGGCACAGUCGGUCUGUACAUCUCAUACUUGAUGCCGAUAUUGCUCCUAUUUUACCGGCGGAUCGCUCGUCCGACAUCAUUGCCAUAUGGCCCCUUCAGGCUCGGGAAGCUGGGUGUGGGUGUCAACCUUGUCUCCAUUCUUUACACUGUCUAUGUGUCUAUCUUCCUUCUUUUUCCGCCAUAUCAACCUGUCACGGCUCAGAACAUGAACUACGCGCCGGUCGUUCUGGGAGGUGUUCUGGUGUUGAGUGCUGUGUGGUGGUUUGUCAGAGGGAAGAGGCAGUUCGUUGGGCCCGUGUUUGAUACGAUUGAAGGCCGGCCCGCACUGGAUGAUACGAGAGUUUAG